AUGCAAAGUGGCAGCACACGUUUCUGGCCAUCGUGGUCUGAUACCUCAAAGCAGAUCAAGUUCCUGGUGGAUCUCCUGUCUCAAGCAGCAGAGUGGGAGGAGCAGACAGGAGAGAAGACACUGAAGCUGGUAUCAUCAGUGUGGACUUACAGCACCUUUCCUUUUCCCAAUGACAACAAUUCUAAACACAGUGAUUUCCUGCUGGAUCUGUACUCGCAUGUGAAGGACUAUGAGAUUCAAACAGGCAGGAGUGUUCUUCCAGCAUUACAGACAGUUUACCAGUCAGACAAUCCUGUAGUCUGGUCCAUAGACCUCUCAGUGAGAAAGGCCUCCCUCCUCCUAGAAGUGCUGAAACUCCAACCAGAGAAGAAACCAGUAGAGCUGAAGGGCUGGUCAGAUGAAGAGAGUGAAGUGAGGAGUUUCCUUCAGUGUCUGUCCUACAUCUCACAGCUGAGGUUUGUUGUUGAUUAUGGUGAAGAGGAUAUCUGGCUUGUUCUGUCUAAACUCAGUGUUGCUGCAGCUGAGUUUGAUACAGAGACAGGAGAGAAUAUCUUACAGACAUUAUCCUCCAUGUGCAGAUACACAUAUGAUGAUGAUGAUGAUGAUGAUGGUGAUGAUCCAUUUAGAGAGAGUCAUUUCCUGUUGGAUCUGUACUCACAUGUGAAGGACUAUGAGACUCAAACAGGCAGGAGUGUCCUUCCAGCAUUACAGCCAGUUUACCAGUCAACUCCUGCAGUCUGGUCCAUAGACCUCUCAGAGAGAAAGGCCUCCCUCCUCCUAGAAGUGCUGAAACUCCAACCAGAGAAGAAACCAGUAGCGCUGAAUGGCUGGUCAGAUGAAGAGAGUGAAGUGAGGAGUUUCCUUCAGUGUCUGCCCUACAUCUCACAGCUGAGUUUCUAUCCAGACUGUCCAUGGAGGUCUGAUCCCUCAAAGCAGAUCAAGUUCCUGGUGGAUCUCCUGUCUCAAGCAGCAGAGUGGGAGGAGCAGACAGGAGAGAAGACACUGAAGCUGGUAUCAUCAGUGUGUACUUACAGCACCUUCCCCUUCGGUGAUGAUGAUGAUGAUGGUGACGAUCAUAAGGAAUAUCAAUGUGAUUUCCUGCUGGAUCUGUACUCACAUGUGAAGGACUAUGAGACUCAAACAGGCAGGAGUGUCCUUCCAGCAUUACAGCCAGUUUACCAGUCAGCUCCUGCAGUCUGGUCCAUAGACCUCUCAAAGAGAAAGGCCUCCCUCCUCCUAGAAGUGCUGAAACUCCAACCAGAGAAGAAACCAGUAGAGCUGUGGGGCUGGUCAGAUGAAGAGAGUGAAGUGAGGAGUUUCCUUCAGUGUCUGCCCUACAUCUCACAGCUGAGGUUCUAUCCAUUGUGGUCAAAUCCCUCAAAGCGGAUCAAGUUCCUGGUGAAUCUCCUGUCUCAAGCAGCAGAGUGGGAUGAGCAGACAGGAGAGAAGACACUGAAGCUGGUAUCAUCAAUGUGUACUUACUGCAACUUUCCUUAUCCCUGUGGAGCCAAUUCUAUACAGAGUGAUUUCCUGCUGGAUCUGUACUCACAUGUGAAGGACUAUGAGACUCAAACAGGCAGGAGUGUCCUUCCAGCAUUACAGCCAGUUUACCAGUCAGCUCCUGCAGUCUGGUCCAUAGACCUCUCAGAGAGAAAGGCCUCCCUCCUCCUAGAAGUGCUGAAAUUCCAACCAGAGAAGAAACGAGUAGAGCUGAAGGGCUGGUCAGAUGAAGUGAGGAGUUUCCUUCAGUGUCUGCCCUACAUCUCACAGCUGAGGUUCGAUCAAUGUUGGUCUGAUCCCUCAAAGUGGAUCAAGUUCCUGGUGGAUCUCCUGUCUCAAGCAGCAGAUUGGGAGGAGCAGACAGGAGAGAAGACACUGAAGCUGGUAUCAUCAGUGUGUACUUACAAAAACUUUCCUUAUCGCUAUGGAGACAAAUCUAAACAGAGUGAUUUCCUGCUGGAUCUGUACUCACAUGUAAAGGACUAUGAGACUCAAACAGGCAGGAGUGUCCUUCCAGCAUUUCAGCCAGUUUACCAGUCAGCCAGUCCUGCAGUCUGGUACAUAGACCUCUCAGAGAGAAAGGCCUCCCUCCUCCUAGAAGUGCUGAAACUCCAAGCAGAGAAGAAACCAGUAGAGCUGAAGGGCUGGUCAGAUGAAGAGAGUGAAGUGAGGAGUUUCCUUCAGUGUCUGUCCUACAUCUCACAGCUGAGUUUCUAUCCAGAUUGGUAUGAUCCCUCAAAGCAGAUCAAGUUCCUGGUGGAUCUCCUGUAUCAAGCAGCAGAGUGGGAGGAGCAGACAGGAGAGAAGACACUGAAGCUGGUAUCAUCAGUGUGGACUUACAGCACCUUUCCUUAUUGCUAUGGAAAAAAUUCUUAUCAGAGUGAAUUCCUGCUGGAUCUGUACUCACAUGUGAAGGACUAUGAGACUCAAACAGGCAGGAGUGUCCUUCCAGCAUUACAGCCAGUUUACCAGUCAGCUCCUGCAGUCUGGUCCAUAGACCUCUCAGAGAGAAAGGCCUCCCUCCUCCUAGAAGUGCUGAAACUCCAACCAGAGAAGAAACCAGUAGAGCUGAAGGGCUGGUCAGAUGAAGAGAGUGAAGUGAGGAGUUUCCUUCAGUGUCUUUCCUACAUCUCACAGCUGAGUUUCUAUCCACAGAGGUCUGAUCCCUCAAAGCAGAUCAAGUUCCUGGUGGAUCUCCUGUCUCAAGCAGCAAAGUGGGAGGAGCAGACAGGAGAGAAGACACUGAAGCUGGUAUCAUCAGUGUGUACUUACAGCACCUUUCCUUUUCCCAAUGGAGACAAUUCUCAACAGAGUGAUUUCCUGCUGGAUCUGUACUCACAUGUGAAGGACUAUGAGACUCAAACAGGCAGGAGUUUCCUUCCAGCAUUACAGACAGUUUACCAGUCAGCUCCUGCAGUCUGGUCCAUAGACCUCUCAGAGAGAAAGGCCUCCCUCCUCCUAGAAGUGCUGAAACUCCAACCAGAGAAGAAACCAGUAGAGCUGAAGGGCUGGUCAGAUGAAGAGAGUGAAGUGAGGAGUUUCCUUCAGUGUCUGUCCUACAUCUCACAGCUGAGUUUCUGUCCACGGAGGUCUGAUCCCCCAAAGCAGAUCAAGUUCCUGGUGGAUCUCCUGUCUCAAGCAGCAAAGUGGGAGGAGCAGACAGGAGAGAAGACACUGAAGCUGGUAUCAUCAGUGUGUACUUACAGCACCUUUCCUUUUCUCAAUGGAGACAUUUACAGAGACAAUUCUAAACAGAGUGUUUUCCUGCUGGAUCUGUACUCACAUGUGAAGGACUAUGAGACUCAAACAGGCAGGAGUGUCCUUCCAGCAUUACAGCCAGUUUACCAGUCAGCUCCUGCAGUCUGGUCCAUAGACCUCUCAGAGAGAAAGGCCUCCCUCCUCCUAGAAAUGCUGAAACUCCAACCAGAGAAGAAACCAGUAGAGCUGAAGGGCUGGUCAGAUGAAGAGAGUGAAGUGAGGAGUUUCCUUCAGUGUCUGCCCUACAUCUCACAGCUGAGUUUCUAUCCAUGGGGGUCUGAUCCCUCAAAGCCGAUCAAGUUCCUGGUGGAUCUCCUGUCUCAAGCAGCAGAGUGGGAGGAGCAGACAGGAGAGAAGACACUGAAGCUGGUAUCAUCAGUGUGUACUUACAACACCUUUCCUUUUCCCAAUGGAGACAAUUCUGAACACAGUGAUUUCCUGCUGGAUCUGUUCUCAUAUGUGAAGGACUAUGAGACUCAAACAGGCAGGAGUGUCUUUCCAGCAUUACAGACAGUUUACCAGUCAGCCAAUCCUGCAGUCUGGUCCAUAGACCUCUCAAAAAGAAAUGCCUCCCUCCUCCUAGAAGUGCUGAAACUCCAACCAGAGAAGAAACCAGUAAAGCUGAGCGGCUGGUCAGAUGAAGAGAGUGAAGUGAGGAGUUUCCUUCAGUGUCUGCCCUACAUCUCACAGCUGAGACUGAACUCAGACACUCUGCAACACCUGACUGUAGUUGUGUAUGAAGCUCAGGACAAGGACUUGACUCAGUGGUUCCUGGAGAAGGUUGGUGGAGACCUGACCUCCUGCAGGCUGGACUGGGAAGUGCUUCUCUCUCUGCUGCAGCAUUCAACCCACAACAUCACUGUGGACCUCAGGAAGAACAGGUUUCUAGAGAAGAACAUCUCAGAUCUUCUCCCCUUUCUGGGAAGGGUUACUCUCAAGAGCCCCAGCAAAGCUCUGCUACUUCAGCUGCUGGACCUUGUGUGUGAGGGGAUUGAAGAGGGACUGCUGAGGCACGCAGAGUCCCUGUGCAGAGCCCUGGAUGGGGAGCUGGACCUCAGUGAGACCAGGCUGGACCAGAAGGCCUGUGGAUCUCUGGCCCUGGUUCUGGAACACUCAGAGGGUCUGUCAGAACUGGACCUCAGCCACUGUCAACUCACAGACCACCACCUACAGCCCCUGAUCACACACCUGCAUAAAGUACAAGUCCUGGACCUGAGCCACAAUGACAUCACUGAUGCUCUGACUGACAGAAUACUCCAACUGGUCUCUACCAACACUUCAAUACACACCGUACGACUCUUCAACAACAGAAUCAUGAACAGAACCGCUUUCCUGACAGAGGAGAGGUUUGAGAUCUGAUUAAACAUCAGGUCUUGGUCCAGGAAGACCUUCCUGGUCCAGGAAGAGGAAGAGAUGGCUGUUAGGUCUUAGUCCAAAUCCAAAUAAAAUGUUAUUGGUUACAUACACAUGGUUAGCAGAUGUUAUUGCAAGUGUAGCGAAAUGCUUAUGCUUCUAGAUCCGACAGUGCAGCAGUAUCUA